CGGGGACCGGUGGAAUCUUGCGAUCGCCUCCCUUAUAUAUAUCACCUGGAGCUCGAGGGAGGGUCUCUCGUUUCGCCGCUGGUGCAUAAACCCUUCUCUUGUCGUCCUUAUCGUCGGCCAAUAUCACUCGGUCAAAGAGUUGAAGCUGAAUCAUGGGGAAGAGGAAGUCAAGGGCGAAGCCACCUCCAAGGAAGCGAAUGGAUAAGCUUGAUACUGUAUUUUGUUGCCCUUUCUGCAACCAUGGAAGCAGCGUUGAAUGUCGCAUUGAUAUGAAGAAUUUGAUUGGUGAAGCCACAUGCAGGAUUUGCCAAGAAAGCUUCAGCACCACUAUCACAGCGCUGACGGAGCCUAUAGACAUAUACAGCGAAUGGAUAGAUGAAUGCGAACGGGUCAACAACCUUGAAGAUGAUGCUACCUAAGCAUCUAGUUUAUUGGUGGGUCCAGUUGAGCGGUCUGAAGAAAUAUGUAAAUGUAACCAUGAAACCUAAUGAUAGACCAUAACAGUAUCUCGUGGAUUGUGCAUGUUCAUCGGACAUCUGUAUUUGAAACCAAAUUGGGCUAUGGGUGAUGUAUAUGCUUAUUUUGUAAAGAGUUGCAGAGGUUACUGGAUUGGAUGGAUCCUCUCGAA